ACUGUGCUCCUGGUAACCUACAAUCCUGCGAAAGACUUGAUCCACGUGACGACACCAUAGAUAUCGGAAAAUAGAUAUCUUCCGAUAUCUAUGGACGACACUCUGGACAACUCUGAAUGAGUGAAUUAAUAUGGACGACUGAAUCAGAAUUUCCUAGUAUUUAUUUCAUGAAAUAACUUUGCAAUAAGAUAUAAUUUAUAAAAAACUUUAAAUUCGUAAUAUGUCGAGCGGAUUUGUGCAUUCUGUAAAGGUUCCCCGUAUUUAUAAACUCACGGCUGACAUCGUGCGCCGCGUGCGAGAGGAUGGUGCCAGUUUAAAGAGUCUGAUUUAUGAAAAAAAACAUCCCAAUGUAUCCGGCAUAUAUGGUCUUUCAAUGAAUACCUUACAAAUGCUGCCAAUGUUGGAUCAGCUUUUGCAAAAAAUUCAAAUUCUCACGGAACAACCGCGACUGAACUCCUGGUUAGCCAGAGUUCUCAUAACAGAGCUUUUGUGGGGAAAAAAAUGUCUGAGGAACAAUUCCAAACCGGUUUUAACGGUCCUAGCUUAUAAGGAUAAACUGCAAGAAGAAUUGAAGAACUUGAAAUGCAUAGAAACCCUCAUCUCUCAUAAAAAUAAAGUGCAAAAGCCUAGAUAUGUCCGUGUCAACACUCUUAUGUUGUCAGUAGAGAAAGCUAUCUCUAUCUUCCAGGAGGCAGGAUGGAAGUUGUUAUCCAGAAGCACAACAUACUCUUCAUAUCUACAAUCUUUAUCACAAUUAUCUAAGCCUUACUUCAUACAAGAUCUACAUAUACCAGAAGUCCUAGCUUUUCCGUUCUCAACAUCUUUUCAUCAACAUCCUAGCUACCAAAAUGGCGAACUUAUUCUCCAAGAUAAGGCUAGUUGCUUGUCAGUACAUUUGUUGGAUCUUGUCAAUGAGGCUACAGUGCUCGACAUGUGCGCAGCACCCGGUAUGAAGGCCACAUAUGUGGCAGCCAAAUUACACAAUCAUGGAACGGUGUACGCUGUGGAAAUUGAUGCUAAACGAUUUGAGACUUUAUGCAAUCAGAUAGAGACGACUCACGCCUUCUGCGUGAAACCUAUUAAACAAGACGCUUUAACUCUCGACCCAAAGCAAUACUUAGAUGUAGAAUAUAUUUUGGUUGAUCCAAGCUGUUCUGGAUCAGGGAUUAUAGACAGACCAAAACAAAGUAAUAUGGAUGGCAAAUCUGAACCAGAACGCUUACAAAAUCUACAAUCAUUUCAAGUUUAUCUUCUUAGAUAUGCACUCUUUAAUUUUCCCAAUGUAAAGAAGAUAAUCUAUAGCACUUGUUCUCUUCAUCCCGAAGAGAACGAAGAAGUGAUAGAUGAAGUUCUUGCUGAUAUUGGUGACGCUUAUUAUCUGGUACCUGCUAAGCAGUUGUUGAAUGAUUGGACAAAUUUCAGCUCACAAAAAUACAAUUGUAAAGAUAGAUGUUUAUAUUCAAAACCGGAUGUUGAUUUUUGCAAUGGUUUUUUCGUGGCAAUAUUUGAAAGAAACUUUGAAGUAAAUCUACCAAAAUGCAAACGCAAAGGGGGUAACGUAAAUCCUACUGAAGCUAACUUAAGUAUCACAAAAGAUGAAACGAUAAAAGAAGUUACAUACAAGCGAAAAAAUAUGGGAAGGACAAAAAGAACAAAGAAGAAAUCCCUUGAUCAAGAAAUAAAAUUAUCGGAAGAUAUUGAAUCUACAGCAUUUGAAGUGAAAAUAAAAAAGAAAGAAGUUGAAAAAAAUAAGAAAAUAGCAUUAGAUGGAUCGGAAAACAUUUAGAAGAAACCGUCAAAAAAGAAAGAUGUUAAAAAAUCAAAAAAAAGAAAAAGAUCAAAACAUGAAAAUAUACUUCAGAUAGUGGAAGAUAAGAAAAUAGUAAAGAUUU